AGGGCGGCGGGAGAGCGAAACCGGAGGAGCCUGUGGGGGGAGCGCGAUUGAGCGUGUUCGGCUGCGAAGCUGCCAUCGCUUCAGAACGGGCCGCCACCAUGUCUUACAAUUAUGUUGUGACAGCGCAGAAACCGACUGCGGUGAAUGCCUGCAUUACCGGUCAUUUCACCUCGGCAGAUGAUUUAAAUCUGCUAAUUGCCAAGAACACACGGUUGGAGAUUUAUGUGGUGACUCCAGAAGGUUUGCGUCCUGUUAAGGAAGUAGGCAUGUACGGCAAGAUAGCUGUAAUGGAACUCUUCCGACCAAAGGGAGAAGGUAAGGACCUGCUUUUCAUUCUGACUGCAAAAUACAAUGCCUGCAUUCUGGAAUAUAAACAGAAUGGAGAAACCAUCGAUAUCAUCACAAGGGCCCAUGGAAAUGUACAGGAUCGUAUUGGGCGCCCUUCUGAGACUGGAAUAAUCGGUAUUGUGGACCCUGAGUGUCGCAUGAUUGGUCUCAGACUAUAUGAUGGGCUCUUCAAGGUGAUCCCAUUAGACAGAGACAACAAAGAGUUGAAGGCAUUUAAUAUUCGUCUAGAAGAGCUUCAUGUAAUUGAUGUGAAGUUUCUGUAUGGCUGUCAGGUCCCAACCAUUUGCUUUGUCUAUCAGGAUCCCCAGGGCCGUCACGUAAAGACAUAUGAAGUAUCUUUGAGAGAAAAAGAAUUCAAUAAGGGACCUUGGAAGCAGGAAAAUGUGGAAGCUGAAGCAUCAAUGGUCAUUGCAGUUCCAGAACCAUUUGGAGGAGCGUUAAUCAUAGGCCAAGAAUCCAUCACGUACCACAAUGGAGACAAAUACCUGGCAAUUGCACCACCUGCUAUCAAGCAAAGCACAAUUGUUUGUCAUAAUCGCGUGGAUCCCAAUGGUUCUCGGUACCUGUUGGGCGAUAUGGAGGGACGUUUGUUUAUGCUGCUCCUAGAGAGGGAGGAACAAAUGGAUGGUAACAUCACUGUCAAAGACCUCCGUGUUGAACUACUGGGAGAGACAUCGAUUGCAGAAUGUUUGACGUACUUGGACAAUGGAGUCGUAUUUGUUGGGUCUCGUCUUGGAGACUCACAGCUUGUUAAGCUAAAUGUGGAUAGCAAUGAACAGGGGUCUUAUGUUGCUGGAAUGGAAACCUUCACUAAUUUAGGUCCAAUCGUGGACAUGUGUGUCGUAGAUCUGGAAAGACAAGGUCAGGGCCAGCUAGUUACUUGUUCAGGAGCAUUUAAGGAAGGUUCAUUAAGAAUAAUACGAAAUGGAAUUGGGAUCCAUGAACAUGCAAGCAUCGAUCUUCCUGGUAUUAAGGGUUUAUGGCCAUUGCGUUCUGAUUCCACUCGUGACACUGAUGAUAUGUUGGUGCUUUCAUUUGUUGGACAAACACGUGUGCUGAUGCUUAAUGGGGAGGAGGUGGAAGAAACUGAAAUGCCUGGCUUUGUUGAUGACCAACAGACAUUUUACUGUGGGAAUGUUGCCCAUCAGCAGCUCAUUCAGAUAACAUCUGGUUCAGUGAGACUGGUCAGCCAAGAGCCAAAGUCUCUGGUUAGUGAGUGGAAGGAACCAAAUGGAAAGAAUAUCAGUGUGGCAUCCUGCAAUAACAGCCAGAUAGUAGUAGCAGUGGGUCGUGUAUUGUAUUACCUGGAAAUCCAUCCCAAGGAGCUCAAACAAAUCAGUUUUAUCGAAAUGGAACAUGAAGUGGCUUGCUUGGAUAUCACUCCAUUGACUGAGGGAAGUAGUAUAUCACCCUUGUGCUCUGUGGGUCUUUGGACAGAUAUUUCAGCCCAGAUCCUCAAACUACCAUCGUUUGAAAUUCUGCAUAAGGAGAUGCUUGGAGGAGAGAUCAUUCCACGAUCAAUUUUAAUGACAACAUUUGAAGGCAGCCACUACCUGCUGUGUGCUCUGGGUGAUGGCGCCCUAUUUUACUUUGGACUUGAAAUAGAAACAGGUUUGUUGAGUGAUCGAAAGAAAGUCACACUGGGGACUCAGCCAACGGUGCUGCGAACAUUCAGAUCUUUGUCCACCACAAAUGUCUUUGCUUGUUCCGAUCGUCCUACUGUCAUUUAUAGCAGCAAUCACAAGCUGGUCUUUUCAAAUGUUAAUCUCAAGGAAGUAAACUACAUGUGUCCUCUGAACUCCGAGGGAUACCCUGAUAGUUUGGCUUUGGCCAACAACAGCACUUUAACUAUAGGAACCAUUGAUGAGAUUCAGAAAUUACAUAUCCGGACAGUGCCACUUAAUGAGUCUCCAAAGAGAAUCUGUUACCAAGAGGCAUCUCAGUGCUUUGGUCUGGUAAGCAGUAGAGUGGAAGUAUUAGAUCCUAGUGGAGGUACCUCUGUCCUGAGACCAAGUGCCAGCACUCAGGCUCUCUCCACCAGUGUCAGCUCCAGUAAACUUUUCCCAAGUAGUACUUCGCAGCAUGAGAGCUCAUUUGGGGAUGAAGUGGAAGUGCACAAUUUACUAAUCAUAGAUCAGCAUACAUUUGAAGUUCUUCAUGCUCACCAGUUUCUUCAAAAUGAGUAUGCACUAAGUAUUGUGUCCUGCAAAUUGAGUAAAGAUCCCAAUACUUACUUUGUUGUGGGCACGGCAAUGGUUUAUCCUGAAGAAGCAGAACCAAAACAAGGACGAAUUAUUGUGUUCCAAUAUUCCGAUGGUAAACUUCAAACAGUAGCAGAAAAAGAAGUAAAAGGUGCUGUGUAUUCCAUGGUGGAGUUCAAUGGCAAGUUGCUGGCAAGCAUCAAUAGCACGGUGCGAUUAUAUGAAUGGACUGCUGAGAAAGAGCUACGCACUGAGUGUAACCACUACAAUAAUAUAAUGGCCCUUUACUUGAAAACAAAGGGAGAUUUUAUCCUUGUGGGAGAUUUGAUGCGCUCGGUGCUGCUGCUGGCAUAUAAACCAAUGGAAGGCAAUUUUGAAGAGAUUGCCCGAGACUUCAACCCUAAUUGGAUGAGUGCUGUGGAGAUACUGGAUGAUGAUAAUUUCUUGGGAGCAGAAAAUUCUUUCAAUUUAUUUGUAUGUCAGAAAGACAGUGCAGCUACUACAGAUGAGGAAAGACAACACCUCCAAGAAGUGGGACUAUUCCACCUCGGCGAGUUUGUCAAUGUGUUUUGCCAUGGAUCACUUGUAAUGCAGAAUCUUGGUGAGACGUCAACACCUACAUUGGGUUCAGUGCUGUUUGGUACAGUCAAUGGCAUGAUUGGUUUGGUUACUUCAUUGUCUGAGAGCUGGUAUAACUUCCUUUUCGAAGUCCAGAAUCGGCUGAACAAAGUUAUCAAAAGCGUGGGCAAGAUUGAACAUUCAUUUUGGAGAUCAUUUCACUCUGAAAGGAAGACUGAACCUGCUGCAGGAUUCAUAGAUGGAGACCUUAUAGAGAGCUUCUUGGAUCUGAGCCGACCUAAAAUGCAGGAGGUAGCAGCAGGCUUGCAGAUUGAUGACGGAAGUGGGAUGAAAAGAGAAGCAACUGUAGAUGAUCUGAUAAAAAUUGUCGAAGAGUUAACCAGAAUACAUUAGCUGAACACUGGAGAUAUAUUGUUUAUCAGCAAUUAUGCUGGUAUUAUUGGAAGGUUGCAGUGAACCUUAGUAAACAAUUAAAAAGCUACAGAGCAUUUGUGAUAUGAACCAAUAAUGUCUGGGACAUAAAGUUUCUUCACUCAUAACUGUAUUUCAUCACUGUCCUGAACUGCUGAUAGGACAUUAUUGUUCAUAUGGAUAGGAACUCCAGGGAAACUGACAAAAAUCCCUUAAAUGGCAGGCAUAACACAAAACAAAAAUUAAAUCUAAAGUUGUCUACAGAAGGCAUGUAAUUUUUUUUCUUCAAACGUCAUCCCUCAUAGUAAAAUGAAUAUAGUACAUUAUACUAAUUGGCGUGGUGGAAAGCCAAUAUAUUCUUUUGGAGAGUGCACAAUUUUAGUCUCGGGCCAGUUUGCAUUGAAAACUUCCUUCUCUUUUGGCAGCAACUAAUUGAAUUUGACUCUAAGCUGGUAUUGUUGAACCAUGAGAAUUCUGUGCUGAGCAUUCUUUGUUACCGAGCUGACAAUCCCACUUAAGCAGUUGGUAUGGAGUGUUGGGAAAUUAAGAUUACGGCACAUUGAGGACAGCAUUGAAUAACUUGAUUUUAUUUAACUUGUGUUACUACCUUCCCUUGGUGUUGAUGACGAAUGUUUAAAACCAAUUCCAUUCCUCUUGCAUUAACCAACAAUUUAAUACAUAAAAAUGCUAUAUUAAGUUGUUUGCUUAUAGACAACACCAUAAUUCGGAGCUGAACCUUGCCCACAUUGGCUUGAUACACUUUGAAAAUAAUUGGGGUCAUGGGGCAGCUGUAGGAAAAUUCAACAAAAUGCAGCAUUAUUUUGUCCAUGAUCAAACAAAUGCCAUGGAUAUUACGUAACCACUCUUGUUAAUAUUCACAUGAUUAAGAAGCAUCAAGCCAAGUCCAAGUAUUAUGCAUUAAAUGACAACAUAAUUGCACGGUUCAAAGUAGCUAGAAUUAACAGAGUAAAUAUCUACCGUACAACAGCCACGUAUUGCACAUUUAGGCUUCAACUGCUAAUGGCAAUAAGCAGGCUGCGAUUGCCUCAGUGACAGUGACCAUAUAAGUAAAAAAACAAAAUCCUUAGCUGCUUAAUGCAAACAAAUUACACGUAGUAAUAAUGAGAAAGAAAUUCGAAUUGCAUUGAUUCCAAUAGUGAGUUAUUUUGAGCCCUGCCAUUUGUAUGCUGGGAAAGAAUGGUGAUCAGAUUACCAACAAUUCAGUUACAUGGUAUACCAUUUCUUAAAACCUGACACAUUUUAUUUAAAAAAAAAAAAAAGAAUAUUUAAGUUAAAAUUAGAAGACUGGGCCGAUUUGUCAAUGAAACUCAGCAGGUGCAUUGAGACCCUCCAAAAGCAAAUUUUAACACUUUCAGUUUUGAGGAUCUCCCCUCAACCAAGAAGCAUUUUUGUCGUGUCUUCACUUGAGUGUCUUCACUCUUGUAAACCAGGAGACUGAGUUCUAUUGCCUGCUUUGGAAUUAUAAUUUAUUUUAAAACACUGUAGAAUUGUGAGUAAAAAUCUACCCCUAUUCAACUCACAUUGGGGUUGUAGUAAUCACCAGAGUAUAUCCUGAUUUGUGGACUGAUAUUUUAGUUUUUUUUAACUCGUACAUUAAAUAGAAAGAUGAUCUGGUGGUUGCUCUCAAUCUCGUGUGGUUCUAGAGUUAUUUGUGAACCUAGGCUCAAAACCCCAAGAGGUAAUCGCCGUGAAGAUGGUGUGCAGAAAGUGCAUUUUAUCGCUGAUUACCUAUUACCUUUGAUUUUGAGCUCCUAUUACUCAGAAGAAAAUCUUAAUUAUUCCCAUUGUGACUGUUCAACAGGAAAGUGUGUCCUUUCAUAGGCUGCAAAUAAACUGCUUUAUAAACAAUGAACAGAUGUGCACUGUGCUUGAACCUAUUAAUUAAUUUUGUUAUUUUCCUCAAUAAAUUUCUGUUUCAAAGU